UCUCGCAGGCUCUUGACCGGAAGCGGGAGCUCCGGCCUCGGCCAGGGUCUGAGAGAGAGGGGGAGGCCAGCCGAGAGGCCCUUACAGUUUAGAGUCCUGGGCCUUGUAGCGCGAUAACAAUAACGAUAAGGUUUCCUGGAAGCUUAAUUUGUGUUCGACGCUGCUAAGCGCUUUACGUAUUUUGGCUUUCCUCCUCACCACAGUUCUGUGAGCAACAUGCACCUGGGAACUAAAGAACAUACAGACACCCAUGUUAGUAGUACCUACUACCCAGGAUGCUGAGGAUACCAGUUGGGCUCCCUCUAGGACAGGAAGUUGGAGAUGCAGAGGUGGAAGAGACACUGAAGCGACUUCAGAGCCAGAAGGGAGUACAGGGAAUCAUCGUGGUGAACACAGAAGAAGCCAGUCAAGACAGUGCCAAGAAAAGAGGAACCCAGCAGCAGAGCCCACAGGCGUACAUUCGAAUCCUAGCCCCACUGCUUAUCGGCUGUGUGACCACUCAGAGCUUCUGUUGCUUCAUUGGCAUUCCCAUCAAGAGCACCAUGGACAAUCCCACCACCACACAGUAUGCCAACCUCAUGCACAACUUCAUCUUGAAGGCCCGGAGCACCGUGCGUGAAAUCGACCCCCAGAAUGACCUCACCUUUCUUCGAAUUCGCUCCAAGAAAAAUGAAAUUAUGGUUGCACCAGAUAAAGACUAUUUCCUGAUUGUGAUUCAGAAUCCAACUGAAUAAGCCACUCUCUUGGCUCCGUGCAUCAUUCCUUAAUUUAAUAGCCCCCAAGAAUAAUAAUGUUAAGCAUGUCAACCAACUGGCAGGUGGAAAUCACCUUUGAUCCUACUUAGACCAGUCCAGUGACCAAAGUCAUCAAAGUCGUCCCUCUGCUGGCCAGUCACCCUUGAGUUCUUGGGUGGGCCUUCUUUCCUCAUCUCCAGAUUUUGGAGCAAGAGCUUUGAGUAGUCCACACCCUGCUUCCUUCUGACCUUCAGCUCACUUCGUCACCCUUGGAAAAGGCUGUUUUUCUUUAACUAAAAAUAACUGAAAUGCUUA